UGUCCACUGCGCCAUCUAUCGACCAAUGACAAGCAACGCAACAACACCGAAUAGAAACAUGGCGACGUCCAUGAGCCCCUGUUGUUCAGUCUUUUUUCACUCAAUAAAAGUUUUGUCAGACGGAAAAUAACAGUCGAAAAUAAGUGUCAUGUCCAGGCUGGCAGUGGUGUGCGGGGGCUCCAGGGGCAUUGGGAAGGCUGUGUCCCGCCUGCUGGCAGAGAGGGGCUGCAGGUUGGCUGUUGUCUCCAGGAACGAAGAUGCUGCCCGCUCCACUGUGGCAUCACUACGUGGAGCUGACCACGUGGCUCUCAGCUGUGAUGUCUCUAAAGAGCAGGAGGUGCAGAAAACCUUUGAGACGAUCCAGAACACCUGUGGAAACAUCUCUUAUCUUGUGAACGCAGCUGGCAUCAACAGACCACUGUGUGUGUGUGUUUGUUUGUUCAGGGAUGCUCUGUUACUGAGGACCAAGCCGGAGGACAUGUUGGCUCUGCUUCACACCAACCUGCUGGGCACCAUGCUGACCUGCAGGGCAGCACUGCGCAGCAUGCUGCACACCCAGGGAGCAGCCAUUGUUAAUAUAGGCUCUGUUGUGGGCCUGAAAGGGAACGCCGGCCAGUGUGUCUACAGUGCCAGUAAAGCCGGUCUAGAGGGCUUCACCCGAUCUUUGGCUAAAGAAGUCGCUUCACGCAAUGUCAGAGUUAACCUGCUGGCUCCAGGUUUCAUCCGCACCGACAUGACCGCAGGGCUGAAGGAGGAAGACGGGUUGCGCUCUAUCCCACUGGGGAGAUUUGGUGUGCCGGAGGAGGUCGCCCAGGCUGUCCUCUUCCUUUUGGAGUCUUCCUACAUUACAGGACAGGUGCUGGUGGUGGAUGGAGGACUGCAGCUGGUCAUGUAGGGAAUGGGGCCUUCCUCUGGAAUUAUCUCACCACUCAAAACAAUGGCAGUGAGACAGGUGAAAGCCUCACCCUGCCUUUUCUUGAAAAUUGUAUGUCUUGUUUAAGGCAUAGAAGUUGGAGACGUGAACAUUUACACUUAACAAGGUUUCGUGGCUGAAAUGGAAUGUUGCUGAGUGGGAGAUUGGUGUAUAUAUAAUAUUUAUUAUCUGCUGUUUCCUUGUCAAAAUUCUUGCUGCAAAACACAAAGAGUAAACAGAAUCUUUGAACAAGUUGCGAAAAGGCUGUUACAAAUCCACAUCUUUCAGAGGACCACUGUCCUGCUGCUCUGUCUUUCUGCUGAGUCACUUUGUCUGGCCACAGUAGGCGUGGCCUGAUGGGUGUCAUGACUAACACUGCUGACUCCAGUGUGUCUGGCCCAGUCCAGACCUCUAUGCCCUCAGGUCCUAAAUUUGAUCAGUAGAUUGAACGCUGUUGGUCUUUUUCCAUGACUGUAAAGCGCCCGCUCAUGUUUUGUUCCCCCACCUCCCACGGGAGACCCCCUCACAGCCAGCACACGUUGCCCCUCCACCAGCGGCCCCCUAAGCCCACCUCUGGAGGGGCCUGUCGAGGGGCCAGAUGAUGUUGGGUUGCAGCUGGAGGAAAUUAGAGGUAGUGGUGGAGGUGGGGGGGUAUUUUUAGCUCUGGGAAUGUUUUGAGUGUCUGGUUACAGCUCUGGACCUGUAGUGUGGAUGGAUGGGGUUGGAGGUUGACCGUCAUGCCAAGUGAUGAGAUUUGAAAUGCUGCGUUGCUUGUUCCUUUCAUUGAAACAUGCUGUUACCAUCCAUAAGUGUCAUGACCGUGACUUUAAAUGAGCUUCGAUUGUGCUCUCUCUCUUUUAUGUGCACUUGUAUCCUAAAUGUUGUGUUUUCUAUUAAAGGAUUGGGUUAGAUUAUACUCUGAUUAGCAUUCUUAGCAAGAAUGGUAUUUCCAAUGUGACUGAUAAUGUGUUUGUUUUGGCAUUCUCGUAUUGUUUUAGGAAGAGCCUGCCAGUCUGUAAAAACAUCUCACGCUGUCUCUGAAGAGUUUGAUUUUUAUUAACUUUCAUAACCUAAAAUAAUAUCAGGAGAACAAUCCAUAUACAGGCAUUGAUUGGCAUAGAAAUGUGCAAACACAGUAACUGUCAGCUGAUGCAAGCUCUGAACAGACACAGAAAAAGAUGUCCACUUUGUAUAGUAUUACAGAGGUGACAAAAAUAGUAGAUAUAAAUAUACCUUGCCUUUCACUUUUCACCAGCUUAGAGUGUUUUCUACCCAUGAAUACUGGGAAAAAAGUUGUGUUUUUAUACAUCCUGGAAAAAGUUGUUUGGCACUUUACAAGUGUCCAAAAGUAACAUGCAAAGAAAUUGUGUUUGCAUUAGCCUAAAUGUGAUUUGAGGCUGUAAAUAUAUUUAUAAAACUUCAUGAUACAGAAAAGAUUGUUUUAUCAGUGAACAAAAGGCUGCUGAUAUAAUUUAUGUCAAGAUUGUUGGGAAAGUAAAGUCUUUUUUUGUUUCAUACAAAAAUAAAAUGGACAAUCUGUGA